CUGUUCUCUCCACAGUGCUGUCCGAGAAAAUGGGAAAAGGCUGCAAGGUCGUCGUCUGUGGGCUGCUGUCAGUUGGGAAAACUGCGAUUUUGGAGCAGCUCCUUUAUGGGAAUCACACUAUUGGAAUGGAAGACUGUGAGACAAUGGAAGACGUAUACAUGGCCUCAGUGGAGACGGACCGUGGGGUAAAGGAACAGCUCCACCUGUACGACACCCGAGGCCUGCAGGAAGGCGUGGAGCUGCCGAAGCAUUAUUUCUCCUUUGCUGAUGGUUUUGUUCUUGUAUACAGCGUCAAUAAUCUUGAAUCCUUUCAAAGAGUGGAGCUUCUGAAGAAAGAAAUUGAUAAGUUCAAAGACAAAAAAGAGGUGGCAAUUGUUGUGUUGGGAAACAAAAUCGACCUUUCUGAGCAGAGACAAGUGGAUGCUGAAGUGGCACAGCAGUGGGCAAAAAGUGAGAAAGUGAAACUGUGGGAGGUGACAGUGACAGAUCGGAGGACACUGAUUGAGCCCUUUACUUUACUAGCCAGCAAGCUAUCCCAGCCUCAGAGCAAAUCCAGCUUCCCUUUGCCCGGGAGGAAAAACAAAGGGAACUCUAAUUCUGAAAACUGAGUAAAGCCUUGAAAUAUCUGUAGCAUGGCACAAGGUAGGGCCCUUCACCAAACCAUGUCUGGG